UUUCAGAAAUUUUCCUGCAUAUCAUUUUGAAAAAUAUCCAUCUUAAGUAUUAACAAUUGAAUUAGACUAUAAGAGAACCAGAAACUAAUUAGUUGUUAUAGUAGUAAAUAAAUCAAGUCACUAUGAGUAGUGGAAAGAUAAUAUCGAGAUCAUCAUUAUAUGAUUCAGAUGAGGUAGAAUCGAACGAUGAAGGAGAAUACCAGAUGCCAUAUUCGAUGGAUUUUGAAUUCGUAGAGGUUGAACAAGCAUCAGAAGAAGAGAAAGUCAACGUGAAUGAAGAAGAAACUGUUGACGAUAAAGCUGAUGAGGUGAAAGAACAAGAUGAUGAAUUUGAAUUUCCAUUAUUCUCUUUUGGAUCAGCAACCACAAAUAAAAGUAUAGUUAAAGAUGAGACAUCUGUUGAAGAUAAGAAAUCAGUUGAAGAAGAAAGAGGGAGAUCGAAGACCAAAGUUAUGAAAAUCAGUUUGAGAGAAGAAUCGUUGGAAACAGUAAAGAGAGAACGUCCCCAAUCCUAUUAUUUUUCAAAUUAUAGUCAACAAGAAAAAGAGCAAUUCUUACAAGUAGCAGUGACAGGUGAGGAUAUAUAUGCCCAAUUACAAUUAAGUAUACAGACUCCUAUAGCAGAAUUAAAGCCAUGGAGAGUCAUUAAUCUAAAUGAAUAUAAUGAGAAAAUAGAUCAAGAGUUAUUGAAACAGAAAAUACGAUCAAAACAUAGAAGAGAAGGUAAAAAGAAGAGAAUAACCAAAAUAGUCUGUCGUGAAAGGAAAUUAGAAAGAGUUAAACUUCAAAAGAAGAUUGAAAAGGACCAAAAGGCUAAAUUAAAGAAGAAAAUGUUUCAUAAAAGAGGUGGUAAAAAGAAUAAAAAGUCAACAGGACCUCCUUCUAAUACUUCAACUAAUUCUAAACCAAAGUAUAGAACUGAAUAGAUCGUUGUAAUAUAAAUAUCACUGUAUAGUAAGACCCUUUGUAUAUAAAAUAGUUGGUAAAGUCAAGUCAAAUAAAUUCUUUUAAUUUUUGUGUCACAAAAUUUUA